UGAAUGUUGAAUCGUGACGUCAUCUUAUUGCUGCAUUAAAAAUGUUUACGUGAGAAAGGCUAUCUCUGUAGGAAUGAAAACAACGCGAAAGAAACGGAUUUCGGCAAAUGAAUGAAAGAGGACCGUCCGAAAAAAAUGCAAAAACGAGAUGGAAAGGCUGAAGAGUUGCCGAGGAGAGUGAAUAAAUUAGCUAGUAAUGUAAGAAAUUACGAAAGACAACCCAGGCAACAUUGUUCCUCUUCUGGAGUAUUGAUGGUUGGACCCAAUUUUAAAGUAGGGAAAAAAAUCGGUUGCGGAAAUUUCGGAGAAUUAAGACUCGGAAAGAAUUUAUAUAAUAGNGUAGCAAUUAAAUUGGAACCCAUGAAAUCAAAAGCUCCUCAGUUACAUUUGGAAUAUAGGUUUUAUAAAUUAUUAGGCAAUCAUGAGGGUGUACCAAAAGUUUACUAUUUUGGACCUUGCGGAAAGUAUAAUGCACUUGUUAUGGAACUUUUGGGUCCAAGUUUAGAAGACUUGUUUGAUUUGUGUGAAAGAAAAUUUAGUUUAAAAACAGUAUUAAUGAUUGCAAUUCAAUUACUUCAUCGUAUAGAAUAUGUUCAUUCCAAACAUCUAAUAUAUAGAGAUGUGAAGCCUGAGAACUUUUUAAUCUGGAGACAGUCAUCAAAGCGACAUUGUAUCAUCUAUAUCAUUGAUUUUGGUUUGGCAAAAGAGUAUAUAGAUCCAGAAACAAAUAAACAUAUACCAUAUAGAGAACAUAAAAGUUUAACUGGUACUGCAAGAUAUAUGAGUAUUAAUACUCAUUUAGGAAAAGAACAAAGUAGAAGAGAUGAUUUAGAAGCUUUAGGUCAUAUGUUUAUGUACUUUUUGAGAGGAAGUUUACCUUGGCAAGGUCUUAAAGCUGAAACAUUAAAAGAAAGAUACCAAAAAAUUGGAGAUACCAAACGUGCUACUCCCAUUGAAGUCUUAUGUGAGGGAUAUCCUGAUGAAAUGGCAACUUAUCUUCAUUAUGUUAGAAAACUAGAUUUCUUUGAAACUCCUGAUUAUGACUAUUUAAGGAAGAUUUUCCAAGAUCUCUAUGAGAAAAAGGGUUUUAUUGAUGAUGGAGAAUUUGACUGGACAGGAAAACAACUGCAAGGAAAACAACUAAAAACUGCAUGCAUUGAACAGCCAAAGCAAACAGGAGUACAUUUACUUGGUGGCAACCUUACUCCUAUUGAUAGGCAUGGUUCAGUCCAAGUUGUAACAUCUACUAAUGGAGACUUACCAAAUGAAGAUCCUGUCACAGAUCAUUCAAACAAUCCAAUUACUACCCCUGUAGAAGUAGAAGUUAUCUCAGAAACAAAGUGUUGCUGUUUUUUUAAGAAAAAGAAAGAAGUUAGACAAAAAUAAUUUUAUAAACAAAUACAAAUUCCUUAAAAUCAUUUCUUUCUCUAUUCUUUUAUUUCCUUUUUAGAAAGAUUUUAAUUUCAUCUUAUUUUAACGGUCUCAUUGCGUGAAUCAUGCCGAUUUGCAUUGAAUGUUGUAUCUAAUACAUUAUUUUAUUUAUUUAUACAAAUGUUUGUAUAAUACAUUCAUAUCACGUAAAUUUAAAUAAUAUAAAGAAUUGUCAAGAUCUUAUGGGCUAUGUGAAAAUGCAAAGCAAGAAUGUGUUGUAAAUGUAAAUGUCAAAGAAAAUAUUUGUUACUGUUUUUGAAAAUUUUUUAUAAUUGUUAAAUAACAUUUUAAAGAGUGUAGGAUUUUAUGGAAAAGCCAAGAAAUAAUUAAUUUUAUACAAUUAAAAUAAGAACAUAUUUUGUACAUACCAAGUUAAGUUUCUCUCUCUCUAUUUUAUUAUUUAUGAAAUUCAUAAAAAGAAGAAAUUAUUUUAAUCUAAUUUCUUAUCAGAAUUAAUACAAAAAAAUAUAAUUUCAAUACUUGUAAAAAAAAUAUAUAUAUAUAAUGAAGAUUUUCCAUAAAAAAAUAUAUAUAUUCAUGACUUAUUAGCUGAAGUGCUUAAUAAUUUGCAGUAAUGAUUAUGCUUUAAAAAGUAAUUCAGAGAGUUUAACUUAACACAAAAUGUUAGGUAAAUUAUUGCUUAAACAAAACAUACAUUAAUGUAAUGACAUUUAAAAAUGUGAUCUUUAAUAUGUUACGUGCAUAUUUCUGCUUAAUUUAUUCGGAUUGCACUUAAAUCAAAUGCUUUGUUAUAAAAAUGUAUAUAAAAUUAAAUUAUAUGUUCUUGCAUUUUCCAAAAUGUAAUAGAAAAAUUACAAUUUGAUCUAUCAAGAAUCAUCUGAAAAGGUAUCCACAAUUCAUAAAGUUAUUGUUAUAAAAUUUUUCAUGAAAAAUAUAGACAAAAUUUAUAUGAAAUUAAUAUUGAAGCAUGGGAAUGUUGUUCUAGUUUCACUAAAAAAUAAAAAAAUUAAAAAUGCUUGACUGCCUUGAAACGACAAAGUUAAAAAUCAUCAUCCUCUAUAUCAGAUGUUAUACUAUUUAAUUUAUAUUUUUAUUUAUUAAAAUGUGAUUUUAAAAAUAUAAACAUUUUUUAUUCAAAGUAUUUAAUUAAU